AUGAUGGGAUCAUUUCUUACGAGAGUCCUGGUGUAAGCGCUCUAAUGGUCGUUUUUUAUCAAUCGGAUGAUGUUAAUUGAAACAGCUGGUUGGAAAUGUUUCAGUUGUUUAUUUCUCUUCGACAGAAUGGCUCUUGGCUACGUGUAUCCGGCUUAUGAAUGCUAUAAAACUGUGGAAAAAAACAAACCAGAGAUCGAGCAGCUGCGAUUCUGGUGUCAAUAUUGGUCAGCAUUAUUUUACUGAGAGUUUCAUCCUUCUGCCUUUUCUGUGGAUUCUCCUCAAUCUGCCAUUGAGCGCUACCAUCUGAUUGGCCGACUGCCAUUUAUUUUGCCAGGAUUUUAGUCGCAGUAUUGACCAUCUUUGAGAGGGUUGGAGAUGCUUUUGUCUCGUGGUAAGAGGCAUCUUCCUCUGAUCCUGCUUUGUACCAUUUUUUGGACAAAAGAAAAACGUUUUUCUCUGCUGCAUAUUAAUCUCCACCCGGUCUUACCCAAAAAUUUGACUUCGGUUAGUCUCGGAGUCAUCUUGUAUAUUUGAUCUGACUGAUGGGCUAAGGCGUUACACUGAUGAUACUCUGGAACCCAGAGGAAAUUAAAGCGGCUUUUCCUAUUUCACAUUUCCGCGCAUUGACUGUUUUUCUUCUCUUCCUGCGUUGAAGGGUACCAAUGUACAGUGAAGCAAAGCUGGCAUUUUUUAUAUACCUCUGGUACCCCAAAACAAGGGUACGACCACCAUCAAAUAUCAACUUGCUUUAUUUUUCAGUUAUAUAUUUAUGUGUAUAGAUUUUCUUACCUUGGGUCAUUUGUGCAGGGAACAACGUACGUCUAUGAUUCCUUUUUUCGGCCUUAUGUUGCAAAGCAUGAGACAGAGAUUGAUCGGAGCCUGCUUGAGUUGAGGGCUAGGGCAGGAGACAUUCUCGUCUUGUAUGGGCAAAAGGCUGCGAGCUAUGGCCAGACUAGGUUCUUUGAGAUCUUGCAGUAUGUGGCUGCUCAGUCAGAGACACCUAGACCACGACCUGUCCAGGUGCGCUCUUAACUCUAGCUAAGAUGAUUACAGAUUAUUUUUCUGCCUCUGUUUCUCUGCCUUUUUUCUGUCAUACUCUUAUUACAGAAUCGUGCAGGCUAAUCUCUUUAAUUUUUUCUAUUCUGUAUUCUUCGAAGAAGGAAGAAAAUAAAUCUUGGUAGAUUAUCUUUCUCCCUGGUUACUGUGCGUGGCAUCCUUCUCUUGGCGACCCGUUUCCUCACGAAACUGGCUAAAUAUCGCAUUAUCUUGUGUGCCCUGUUGCCCUAUGGUGAGGGGAACAGCUUGGGUCGGUUAAAAUCCAGUUGGGUCGCUGAGAUGUAACGAGUUCCAGUAUGAUUUUAGCUUUGGACCCUCAUUUUUUGUGCGGUCAUAUGCUUUCUGCAGCUUAUUUUACACGAGGGCCCGUCUAAGUUUCUGGAUAAUUCAUUCUUAACCUGAUCGAUCUAUUGUUCUGUGAAGACUGGCUUCAUUGUGUGUUUUUUCUUGAUGUUCUGUGAAGCAGAGGCAGCAGCAGCAGCAGCAGCAGCAGCAGCCAGCCCACCUGCCAGCCACCGCCACUGCGCCGACUCAGCCGCCACCAUUUACUACAGCUUUGCAACAUCAACCAUCAAAUGCCCCCACCCAUCCACCGAGCGCCGUCAAUAACCAGGCGCCUGAUCUCUCCAAGAAGGAAGAGGGGAACCCAGUUGCAGUGGCUCCUCCAGGACGCCCUCUGGCCCUGCCAAACUCGACCCAGCUCAGGUCCGCCGGCGAAGCAAGAGCAAUUCAAGCCGAAGCAGGCAAGGCUUCAGCCACUGAGGACCUCAACACUCCUCCCCAAGAGACAGCCAUGGAAGAAACCAUGAGAGUCACCCGCAGCCGGUUGAGAGCGCGAACCGCCGCCGCUGGUGCUGCUGCCACAGCCUCCGUCGGCGCCGCCAGUUAG